AUGUCGAACGGCGAAGAGCAAUCAGUGCCUUGGACCAAAGCGAGGAUCGUGGAACUUGCUGAGCGGGAGUUUCCUGAGGACUUCGCUUCCCUUCCUGGCAGCCAUGCUUUCAAAUUCAUACGUGCCUCGCCGUAUGCUUUCUGGCUGAAUUACACCGCCCAUCAGGAUUCCUUCAAGAAUCCUAUCUGUUCGGAGCCCAGAGGCUUAGAGAGAACGCUUGUCGAAAUUGGAAUCUAUGACGACGAGCAUUCGAAACUUCACGGCAAGCGUGUUUAUGUAUACAUAUGGGAAAAGACCGCGAUGGGCUUCAUGCUCCUCCUAGACAACAGCUGCUAUCUCAAAGUGCCAACCAACGAGCACUUCAUGUCCGAGGUGAUGUGGAAGGAUCCUUUCGACGCUGUCAUCAGGAAGGGGAUCUGGGAAAAACCGAAGUACAAGGUCAAAGCUGUAGCAUUAUGGGCGCUUUUGGCGGCGGAUCAUAUUCAAGAGUUCCUGUUCUACCGUAAUUAUCAGGUAGACUUCAAGCCAGCCGUGCAGCGGAUAGCUGAAGCGGCUCGGGAGUCUACUGAAGAAGUUGAAAACGACGCUUCUAUGGAGAUCGAAGAAGAACCCGAGAGCUCGAGGCAGACCGCGUCUUCCAGACGCAACGCAAGACGAUCAAACAAGAGGCGCAAGACGGAAUCAGAUCCUGACGAAUUUGGCACAUCCCAUCAACAAGCUCAAAUCGCUCUGGACAGCAUGGCGAAGACAUUCGAUGAUCUUCAAAAACAAGUCGAUAACCCCCGCAAAGACAAUGCUAAACUCCUUGAAGACAACAAACAAAUCAACGUGGAAAACGCCAAACUCAAAGCUUCAGCCCAGGCAAACACUUCUGGAGACAAUAGGAAGGACAUCGAGAUAGCCAAGCUCAGAGAGGAGCUCGACAAAGCUGAGCAGCGUGAAUUCCAACAGUGGAAACGCGCUAAUGAUUUCGAGCGUCAACUGAAAGAGGCAAAUGAGAGGAGCUUUAAGGACGAGAAGUAG